AUGGCUUCCUCAGUCUUCUUCAAGUUCAAAUCGCAAAGGGAGCCCACUCGAGUCGACUUUGAUGGUACGGGCAUUUCUGUCUUUGAGCUGAAGCGUGAAAUCAUCAACAAGAGCGGCUUGGGUGAUGGUACCGACUUCGACCUGUUCAUCUACACAGACGACAACUCAGAAGAGUACGACGAUGACACGACUAUCAUACCGAGAUCCACCACCGUCAUCGCUCGCCGGCAGCCCGCGGCCAAGCCUGGUGCCGGCCGUGCGGCUCGCUAUGUAUCUGGAAAGAUGCCAGCAUCGGCGAAGAACGCCAGUCGGAAGGAGCAAACCGGCAAGGCGGCAUUGAAGCCGAGCUCGAGCGCCAUCAGCCAGAUGAACAGUGCCAUGACGGAGGAGGAAAAGAUGGCCGCCAUGUUUGCUGCCCAGACGGAACAAUGGUCCGCUCAGCAGGAAGAGCUAUCACACCAAACACCCGUGUUCAAGCCGGGUCAGAAGCGUCCUGCCAACGUGCCUGAUCACGACCCGCCGAAUGGGUACAUCUGCUACCGAUGUGGCAACAAGGGCCACUGGAUUCAGCUGUGCCCUACCAACGACGACCCAGACUUUGACAAUCGGCCGCGGGUCAAGCGUACUACGGGAAUUCCCCGCUCAUUCCUACAAAAGGUUGACAAGUCUCUGGUGAUGGCCCAAAGCGACGGUGACGAGUCGAAGCGGCCGUCCGGUGUCAUGGUGAACGCCGAGGGCGAUUUUGUCAUUGCAGAGCCUGAUAAAGCAUCCUGGGAGAAGUUCCAGGCUAGGGCCAAGACAUCGACCGCCAAGGUGUCAACAGAGGAAGAUGAGGAGAUUAAGGAGCGAGGUCUCUCUUGCUCGAUUGACAAGAAGAUGUUGAUAGAACCAAUGAAGACGCCGUGCUGCCAAAAGACUUUUUGCAAUGAUUGCAUAACCAAUGCUCUCAUUGAAAGCGACUUUGUCUGCCCCGCCUGCCAGACAGAGGGCGUCUUGAUUGAUGAUUUGCAGCCCGAUGAGGAGACAGCUACAAAGAUACAGGACUACCUCAAGGAGAAGGACGCAGCCAAGUCGCCGCCGACAGCACCGGCAGCAGGAACGGCAUCGGGAUCCCCGACCGGGGACGGAUCUACCGACAAGGCCGGUGAGCCGCAGGAGGACGCCAAGCCAGAAAUCAAGCCGGCAAAUAAGCCUGGGAGUGUCCCGGCUACCGGCGCCGCCAAGGAGAUGAGCAAGUCCCCUACGCCGCAAUCUGCCACGACCAAGUCACCUCCGACAGCUGCUGCGGGCCCGUCCGGGACAGACAAUGCCAGGCCGCAAGGGUCUGGCGGCACCUCUAGGAAGAGGUCGGCAGACGACGUUCUGGAGAACCCCAAGAUUCCCAAGGGGCCGCGGGCCAUGCAGAACCAACAAAAUCAUAAUCAGGUUCCCAACAACAUGAUGAUGAACGGCAUGCCCAACAUGGGAGGAAUGAACGGCAUGGACGGCAUGAUGGGCAUGCCCAACAUGGGUAUGGGGAUGCCUGCUAUGAUGGGAAUGCCUACCAUGAUGGGAAUGCCAAACAUGAACAUGGGCAUGCACGGCAUGAUGGGCGGCAUGCCGGCCUUCAACGGCAUGAGCCCCAACUUUGGCAUGAACGGCUGGGAUAUGAAUGGCAUGAACGCCAUGAACGGUAUGAAUGCAUUCGGCGGACCCAAUAUGAACAUGCACGGCGGCGGUGGCAUGAACGGCUUCCAUAACGGAGGAGGCAACUUCGGCGGUCAACAGGGUGAGGAGGAUGCCUACUUCCGCAAACCCGUCAACCCCCAUCGCCAUCAGAACAAGCAGCGUCGUGCACGACCGAGCGACUACAGGGAACUGUAA